AUGUUUGCACUCAAUGGUAAUAAAUCCAUUUGGGUACGUGAUAGUGAACAUGGAUUUCUUCUUGGUAAAAUAAGUGAUAUUGGUUCAGAUAAUCUUACUGUACAACUAAUUGAUAAUAGAAAGACAUUAGUUGUAUUGUAUGAUUCGGUAUUUCAAACAGAAGAAUAUGAUAAAGAUGUUGAUGAUAAUUGUGCUCUUAUGUAUCUCAAUGAAGCAACUCUAUUGAAUAAUGUUCGUCGUCGUUAUAAGGCAGAUCGGAUUUAUACUUAUGUUGCAAAUAUUUUAAUUGCAAUUAAUCCUUAUAAAGAAUUGUCUGGUCUUUAUUCUAAUGAGACAAUUAAACGUUAUAAUGGAAAAUCACUGGGUACAAUGCCACCACAUGUUUAUGCAAUUGGUGACAAAGCCUAUCGCGAUAUGCGAACUGUUAAACAAAGUCAAUCGAUAGUCAUAUCAGGCGAAUCAGGAGCUGGAAAAACUGAAUCAGCUAAAUAUGUUUUACAAUAUUUAACGGAAUCAUAUGGUGCACAUAAUGGUCAAAUUGAAGAUCGUAUAAAUAAAUCUAAUCCAUUAUUAGAAGCAUUUGGCAAUGCUAAAACAACUCGAAAUAAUAAUUCCAGUCGUUUUGGUAAAUUUAUUGAAGUUCAUUUUAAUGAUAAACAUCAUGUUGUUGGUGGUUAUAUAUCACAUUAUCUACUUGAAAAAUCCCGUAUAUGUGUUCAAUCAAAAGAUGAACGAAAUUAUCAUAUAUUUUAUCGUUUAUGUGCUGGUGCAUCGGAAAAUAUUCGUAGUGCAUUACGACUUACAUCACCAGAUAGUUUUCAUUAUCUUAAUCGUGGUUGUACACAAUAUUUUUGUAAUAAUCAAACAGAAAAGGCUUUGCCAAAAAAUCGUCGAAGUCAAGACUUUGUAUCUAAAGGUGCAUUACGUGAUCCACAAUUAGAUGAUGUGAAUGAUUUUAAUCAAUGUGAUCAGUCAAUGACUCAAAUGGGUUUAACUGAACAAAAUAAAUUAGAUAUUUAUAGUACUGUUGCAGCUGUUUUACAUCUUGGAAAUAUUAAUUUUGAAGAUGAUCCCGAAAGUACAAAAGGUGGUUGUAGAAUAUCAUACAAAACUGAACAAUCUUUAAUUACAACAGCUGAAAUGCUUGGAUUAGAUCAGCGUGAUUUACGUAAUGCAUUAGUAACAAGAAUUUUAAUGACAAAAACAACGAGUAGUAGUAAAGGAACUGUUAUACCUGUUCCAUUGAAAGUUCAUGAAGCUCAAAAUGCACGUGAUGCAUUAGCAAAAUCGAUUUAUGUUCGAUUAUUUGAGCAAAUUGUUAUUUUUAUUAAUAAAUCAAUACCAUUUAGUUCAUCGCAAUCAUAUAUUGGCAUUCUUGAUAUUGCUGGUUUUGAAUAUUUUCCUGUAAAUUCAUUUGAACAAUUUUGUAUUAAUUAUUGUAAUGAAAAAUUACAACAAUUUUUUAAUGAACGUAUACUUAAAGAAGAACAAUUAUUAUAUGAUAAAGAAGGUCUUGGUUUAAAAAAAAUUAAUUAUAUUGAUAAUCAAGAUUGCAUUGAUUUAAUCGAAGCAAAAACAACAGGUUGUUUCGAUUUAUUAGAUGAAGAAAGUAAAUUACCGACUCCAAGACCUGAACAUUUUACAACAGAAGUACAUAAUCGUAAUAAAGGUCAUCCAAGACUUGAUUUUCCAAGAAAAUCUAAAUUACGUUCAGCACGUGAAAUUCGUGAUGAUGAAGGAUUUUUAGUUCAACAUUUUGCUGGUAGUGUGGUUUAUUCAACAGCACAAUUUAUUGAAAAAAAUAAUGAUGCAUUACACGCAUCACUUCUUAUUCUUGUUCAAGAAUGUAAAAAUGCAUUUAUUAAAAAUUUAUUUCCAAAAGCACCUGAACGUGAACAAUCAGCGGGAAGAUUAAAUUUUAGUUCUGUUGGGUCAAAAUUUCGUUCACAAUUAGCUGAUCUUAUGUUUAAAUUACGCAGUACUGGCAUUAGUUUCAUUCGUUGUAUCAAACCAAAUCUUAAAAUGGUUCCAAAUCUAUUCGAAGGUGGUCAAAUUCUAAAUCAAUUACAAUGUAGUGGUAUGGUAUCCGUAUUGGAUUUAAUGCAACAAGGUUUUCCAUCUCGUACACAAUUUUCUGAUUUAUAUUCAAUGUAUAAAUCAUAUUUACCAAGAGAAUUAGCUCGACUUGAUCCACGUCUUUUUUGUAAAGCUUUAUUUAAAGCAUUGAAUCUUCGUGAUUCGGAUUUUAAAUUUGGUUUAACAAAAGUUUUUUUUCGUCCGGGAAAAUUUGCUGAAUUUGAUGAACUUAUGAAAUCUGAUCCGAAAAGUUUAGCUGCACUUAUAGCAAAAGUUAAAAAAUGGCUUUUAUGGACACGAUGGAAAAAAGCACAAUGGUGUGUUUUAUCAGUUAUUAAACUUAAAAAUAAAAUUUUAUAUCGACGUCAAUGUUUAAUCGAUAUUCAAAGUCAUAUUCGUAUGCGUUUAGUUUAUAAACGUUAUGCACCACGAAUUCGUGGUUUAGUUAAAGUUAAAGCAUUACAUGAACAAGCUGCAUCUAUGGAAAAAAUUGCUGGACAAAUGAAAGCUAAUAAAGAACAAGUACAUAAACAAGUACAGCAAUUAAGACAAAGAAUCGACCAAUUGAUUAAUGAUAUUACAAAUACAUCUAUGACAUCAGUACAAAUUGAUAAUGCAUAUAAUGAUCUUGUUACUUCAAUUGACCGUGAAUUUCGUCGAUUAAAACAAGUUCUUGCUGAACAAGAAAUAAAGGAAGAAGAAGAACGUUUAAAAAAAAUUCAAGUGGAACUUGAACGUGAAAAAAAUAAAAAAGUUGCUGAAGAAAAACGUGUACAGGAAGAAAAAGAUGAAUUUCGACAACGUACAAUUAUUGCACAACGUCAAAAAGAAGAAGAACAGUUUAAAGGUAAACUUGCUGCUGAAGAAACAAAACGUCAACAAGAACGUCAAGCAAAAGAAUCGGCUGAAGAUGCUCGUUUAGCUGAAAUGAAUGAACGUGAACGUCGUGAUUAUGAUUUAGCACGACGUCUUGCUUUAGAAACAGGUAGUGAAGCUGAUUUACCACAUUUACAACGAACACGCCGUCCUGUUAUUAAUCAAAAAUUUGAUUUAACGAAACAUACAUAUGCUCAACUACGUGAUCUUAUUAAUACAUCUUGUGACUUGGAAUUACUUGAAGCAUGUAAAGAAGAAUUUCAUAGACGUUUAAAAGCUUAUCAUGCAUGGAAAUCAAAAAAUCGAAAAGGAAAAAAUCCAUCGGCCGGAGAUGAUAAAAUGGAUGAAAUGGAUGAAGAACGAGCUCCAACUGAUAUUUUAAAUAAUGCACCUCCUCCAUCUGCAUCAGCUCUUAGUAAAUCAGCAUCAAGUGAAACCGUUAAAAGAGGCGCACAAGCAACGACAACACCAAGUGCUAGUUCAAAAAAAGCUAGUAGUGGGAAAACACCAGAGCAACGUUAUUUUCGUAUACCAUUUGUUCGUCCUAAUGAUCAAAAUCGCGAUACAAAUAGUGAUCAAAAAAAGAAAGGCUGGUGGUAUGCACAUUUUGAUGAUAAAUGGAUUGCUCGUCAAAUGGAGAUUCAUCCAAAUAAAGACGCAGUACUUCUUGUUGCAGGUGUUGAUGAUAUGAAUAUGUGUGAAUUAAGUUUAGAUGAAACAGGUUUAACAUCGAAAAAAGGUGCUGAAAUUCUUGAAAAAGAUUUUGAACAAGAAUGGCUCAAACAUAAUGGUCAAAAAUAUUUAAAUACGCAUUUCUCACAAGUUAGUUCGAAAUAUGUUGUUCAAUUACUUCAAAAUUAUAAAUAA